UUCCCAUCUGAUUAAGACAUACCAAUAUUAUCUGGCUUUGUCUGAUCCAAGGUAAACUGUUUUAUUCAGGAUUUUCCUGAAUCAAGCUUUUUUUAAUUGCAUAAAAAACUCAUUGAAUUGCUGUUAAGAACAUGGCAAAAACACAAAUGGGCACUGUUUAAUUUGGCCCAUUUUGUGCCCCUUGUGCAUCUUAGAUUGUUGACACAUGUACAAAUGUCAGAUAUUUCUCUGUAUGUUCCAGAUUUGUAUUGCAAAUUUAUUGUAUAAUUAAAAACAAAAAGCUUAUAUUAUUAACAUUCAGCCUAUUUUAAGAUGAAAUGUUUUUUUGUUUUAAGAAUGUAAGCACAAUACCAUAUAUUAUGCUCAUAGGUCAGAGUUAACAACAAUAGACUGCACAUUUCAUGGUAAUGCAUUGGUCAUUCCAAGGCCUGUUGUGCUGGGAAAGGCCUUCUGUCCCACAGAAUCAGGCCUGUCCUGGAACACAGACCACACUGUUAAAGCCACCUCUGGGCCUUGUGACAUUCAGCUUGUUCACGCCUUCAUUGUACAGACAAUGCAGUAGGCAGAGGCGUGAUGGGCAGCUACUUCCAUGUGCCAGGAGGUGGUUGACCCCAGCUUUGGCCACACUGCAGGUUUCCCUGCUAAAUCCCUCCAGAGCACAGGAGACAUCCACCAGUGCUUCCUCUGACUCACUUGCUAGUUUAUCCAGUUUGUCGCUUUAGACUUCUCAUAAUAAUAAACAAACAGCACUACUCAUCUGCAUGCCCGCUGUUUUCCGGUAAAAGGAAAGCCAGAUAGAGCAUUACCUAGCAAGCUACUUCCUCUGGGCGUCUCUUUUUUCAGAGUUUUGCUCUCAAUCGACUUCUCAUUUAAAAAAAAAAAAAAAAAUUACAGACUGUUUGUUCAUUGUAUCACCUAAAACAGUCUUUGGCUGUUGCACUGUUAUGUGAACUGUCUUAUUCAAAUCUUUGUUAUUUUAAAAUAAAUAAAUACAUGAAUUACAUUGAAUUUUCCUGACAGUUAUAUGAGUGACUUUUUCAGUGGGCUAUAUUAAGUCUGUUGCCUGUGAUAAAGCUCGAUUUAGCAGAGAGCUAUAAGGGAUUAAGACAGGGUCGGGGUUUCAUGUCUGAUGUUUUCAGGAAACUGUGGUUUAAAACAGGGUCUGGUAACCACCUUCUCUACUCCUACAACAGAAAGUUUCUAUGAGUUGUUUGGUAAGAAAAUCAUCAUAGUUGGAGAUUCUGAUUUGAUCAUAGACUCACAUCUGAACAGCCUGGACUUUCCCACUCAUCGAAUGAGUCAUUAAAUAGGGUGUUAUAGUACAUGCGUGCACCUCAGGAAAUGGCGUUGCCUCUUGACUUAACUGUUUAUGGAAAGCAGCUUUUUUUUUUACCACACUGAAAAUGUGAGCUGUUUCAUAUACAGAAAGUAUCUGUUUAUAUUUUUGUAUAUUUGUAUGUUUGGUUUUUUUUGUUCAACUUGAAAAAAAUUGACAAAGUGGAAAAUACAGAGUUUCUUUUCAGUUGUUCUGAGCCAACAUUGCAUUGUUGCGGAUGUUCAUCAUGCAGAUAAGUCAAACCAUGAAGCUUCCUUAUGUAUCCAUCAGUACGUUUCAGUUUGGCUUAUCUUCAGAGAGCUUUACAUUUGACUUUGUUAAGGUCACACAUUAAUUUUUCAGUAUGACUAUAAAAGCAAACAUAGUUGGACACAGAAAAUUUAUUGUAUGUCAAUCAUGAAAACUCCAUUUAGUGUUUUUACCGUGCAGUGUAUAAGUAUUUCUUUUAUUCUCAUUUUAGGAAUUGACUUCAAAAUCAGGACUAUAGAGUUAAAUGGAAAGAAAAUCAAACUCCAGAUAUGGGACACAGCAGGACAGGAGAGAUUUAGGACCAUCACUACGGCAUAUUACAGAGGAGCAAUGGGCAUUAUGUUAGUAUAUGAUAUCACUAGUGAAAAGUCCUUUGAAAACAUCAAGAACUGGAUUCGCAAUAUUGAGGAGCAUGCAUCGUCAGAUGUAGAGCGGAUGAUCCUUGGAAAUAAAUGUGACAUGAACGACAAGAGACAGGUGUCUAAGGAGAGAGGGGAGAAGUUGGCAAUAGAUUAUGGAAUCAAGUUUUUAGAAACCAGUGCAAAAACUAGCAUCAAUGUGGAAGAGGCGUUUUUCACUCUAGCGAGAGACAUUAUGGCCAGACUCAACAGAAAAAUGAAUGAUGGCAGCAAUACAGAUGGUGGAGCACCAAUUAAGAUCACAGAGAAACGUUCCAAGAAGCACAGCUUAUUCAGAUGCACACUCAUAUAAUGGACUCCAGUGAGUGGAAUGCAUCUAUGGACUUAAUCUCUCUAGCUGCAGAAUCAGCUGGUAUGGAAGGUCAUGUGAGCCUCUACAGAGAAGUGUGCACUCAAGUUCUUAAUGAACAAGGAGAUUCCUGUUCAUAUAGACCAACCAGCAAGUUGGCAAAAAGGAUACUGGAGGGGUUCGAAGUACCUAGUUUGUGAAAUGUCUUGUUAUUUCUUUUGGCCUUUUUGUGAUAAUCACAGCACAUGUUUGGGUUUGACUGUCUUUUUUUUGUAAUAUCAAAGCUUGAAUGAUUCUUUUUAUAGAGCUUUUAUUCAUAUUUUAUAAAGCUUUUAUAAGCAUAACAUAACAGUGUUAUACUGCCAUUACACAUUACAAUUAUGGGCAGAUGAUUAUCUCUAAAAUCUGUAGUAUGACUAAAUUGUGUAUAAUUUAAAGGGCACAUUUAAAGAUUUAAAUGGAUUUGGAAUUGGAACAGAUUUUAUAUAUAAUGGAAAAUGUCUCUGGGUUUGUCUCACAGGCACAUAACCAUGUAUAGCACUGACAGAUCCUGCACACCACACAGUGUGGAGACUCAAAUAUAGAACAUGACAGCUGAAGAGCAUGAUGGGUAAAAGUACGCGUGUACAGUCUGUCCAUGUGUCUGUAAAGCAGCAGCAGCAAAUCAAAUCCGAGACAUGACAUAUAUAGCACACGUUAGGCCAGGGGUCCCAGCUGUGGUAAUGUCUAUUUGAAAGUCCAACACAGCUAGCUGAUUUUCUUGUUGAAAGACACCUAAUUGAACUUAUCAGCCAAUGGACAGGUUUAGUCAGUGUAUGAAAGGGGUGAAAUCACUAAACUGUGCUGGACUUUGGUCCUACGUGAUAGGAAGGGUGGCAUUAUUUAAAUGUAUCUCUGGUUAAUUAAUUAAUCUUAAAAAAAAUAGCUUGUGUGACUGAUUUGGCGAAGGUUUGCAUGUUUGAUAUUGACCUCUGAGGAAUUAUUUAAAAUAUCUGUAUAUGAAUGUAUAGGACAGCCACUAAUGCAUGCUUUUAUUGUUGUAUGUAUAAUGUGCUAUUAAUUUUACAUGUUGGCAUUCUUGCUGCUAUGUAUAUUAACAACAUACCAUCUAUUCUUAUUGCUGUUUGUUAAAAGCCCAAAGUACUUUUGGUUUACACAUGCCAUAACCUGUGAUCUCUAUUACUAGUAGCUCUUUGAAGGAAAAUACAAUUAUCAAAUAGACAGUUAUGUGUUGCAGCGUGUGCUGUGUGUCUGUUUGUGUUUGGGUGAAUUCAUGUCAGUAUCUAUGUGUUCUGUACCCAGUUACAUGGCAUAAGUAGCAUUUAUUUCACUGGUGCCAAUGCUCUUAAUGUAGUUGAAAUUUGAGGGUGAGUGUCUGCAAAUAGAAUCGAAGUGUUUCAGUUGCACUAAUGUUUCAGAAGAUGGAAAGUUUCAAAAAUAGUCUGACUGAUUGAGUCAGCAAUAAAAAGUUCUUGCUAAGA